UGUUGAUAAGCUGAUUGAAAGGGACCAGUGCUGUACUCAAACAGCGGAGGUGUGUUGAUGACGAACCUGACAACAAACCUUCUUGGUCGGGCGACAUCAGGGUUCUUGCCGGCCUAGGAUCAAACAUGGCGCUGUCAUUCCUUUUGGUGCUGGCAGCAACCGUGAUACUAAUCAGACCGGAGACGCGCAUAACCAAGGCUCUACAUCAUAACUCACUUGAGUGCUGCAGCGAGAAACAGAGGACGAACAGUUCGUGUUUAAACGACACUCGCUGUGAACCAGGAUGCUUCUUCCGCGUCCUCGAGAGCAGCAGCACUGUUUGCAUCCAGUGUGACCCCGCAGCUGUCGACUCUGAGGACAUAACCAACUGCACCUACAACUACACGAUGGACAGGAAAAACCAUACAACAGUCACAACUGUAAUGCCUAAAAUUGCAGGAGGCCCAGGCGUGGCCGCCUCGCUUCUUCUCGGAACGCUGUUGAUCAGCCUGUUCCUGAUCCUGUCCGUCGCCUCCUUCUUCUACCUCAAACGCUCCCACAGACUCCCAAGCAUCUUCUACCGCCGCAACAAAGCCUUCAUAUUCCAGCCAAGCGAGACAGCUGUCAUGAUUCCCUCCUCGACAGCGAGGAAACAACGAUAUGUGCGACGGGAGAGGCCCUUGGCGGAGCAGAAAAGCAACAUCGCACCCGCCGCACCCGCCACGCGGGUCUACAACGUGUAGGGCCGAAAAGGCUUGAAGGACGUUUUUCCUUGAGCGCUCACGUCACUCAUGUGAAACGAUACGGGCACAAAAUGUAGUGAUGUUGUCAGUCGGCUUGUAUCCUUAUUUAAGCUUGUCACACUUGAACUUGACCUAUUUUGCGCGUGCGUGCGCUUCUUAAGUCGAUGCAUUGAUGCUGCACUCACAGAUGGGGUCAUACUGAAGUAGCUUUUUGAGAGCCGGUAGAUUUUUUUUACGUCUUAAAAACAUCACAGCAGCUAAGAACCAAGACGGCUUCCAUUGCAAUCAUCAUCAUCAUCUUACUGGUAGCCUUUUAAUCCACACUCACGCCACUAUCGUGACAUCAAGACGUUACAGCGAUGUAUUCAUUGGUUUGAGGCUAACGUGCAUCGACCGUCGAGGCCAGUGACCUAGUUGGGUGAUGGUGACAGAGCAUCAUCAUCAUCAGAGCCACCCACUGAAGUCUGUGCUGUUCUUUUUAAGUGAAGUGGGUCUACUUUUUAAAAAUAUUUGUGAUUGUAUGAGUGAUGUUUUUCUUUAUAUUACUUGUCACCCAUCAGCCAAAGUGAAUGUAUUUGCCAAGAACAUGCCACACAUUCGUUAGCUGUGUACGCACAGUAAAGCCCAUCAUUAUUAGAACUCCCAUUAGAAUUACAAUUUACAGUAUAUUCAUUCUUAACAGGGCUGUCAAAUGAUUACAGUUUUUUAUCAAAUUAAUCACCGUUUUCAAAUUUAUUCAUGAUUAAUCAAGAUUUGCAACUAUGAGUGAAAUAUGCCUUCUUUUACUGUAUUUUAUGAACCAAAAGAUAAAUGGCAGUGCAGGAAUAUAUAUCUACAGUAUGUGUAUUAACAGCUCCAAAUGAAGUCAAAAUUUUAAUUAAGCUAAAAGAUAGCACACACGUCUGAAAGUCUAUUUGCCUAACUCGAGUCUCUUUAAUAGCAGCUGUAUCUGUUUGUUUAGACCAAACAUACACGUAUAAUAAAGAAGACGUUGUGAUGUUCAGAGUGUCCCUGAAUGCACCUCGCUGUAGUCUAGUAACAAGUGUCGUUCCGAGGAGGACUGGAGAAAAUGUUUGUGAGUUGGAGAUACAUAUAUGGUGUUGGAAUUGCACUGCUGUUGAUGUGUUGGUACCAAAAAAACAAUCAAAUACCAAAAUAGUUGUCGAUUAAUUGGAUAAUCGAUGAUUUUGAUUAAACAAAUGCUUUUUUCCAAACAGUGCAUGUAACAUGACUAGUUAAACGGUAGCCUACCAGAAAAGUCAUUCAUUGCCUUCUCCUCCUCCUGGGAACUAAAACCACUGAAGUCGGCUUCUUGAGCAUCACAAUUGAACAGCCUCAUAACUCCUUCGUCGCACACUUUCAGUCUCUCUCUCGCUCUCUCUUUCGUCACUUUUGUCUCGAACAGUCGCUCAGCCUUUCGAAAACCGGUGAUAGUGGACGGUGGGCGUCCGAGCAGUCCAAACAGAAGCUGUAGUAAUUGUACACUUGAUCAAACUUAAAAUGUGUGGGAUCAAAACUCGAUGACUGCAUAAGACUAUAAAAUGUGAUAUUAGCUUCCAAUUCAAUCGUCCACGUCACGACUUCCUGAAGCUGCGCUCCAAGUAUCAUGUCGUUUUUAGCCAUAUAUUAGCCACAUCACUGUACAGGAUUCAAAGCGUGAUUUAAAAAAAAAAAAAAAGUAGCGGCUUAUACACGGGAAAGUACGGUAAUCGGCGCACUGGCAAGGUAUAUUUUCAUUAUUAUGUAUUGUGAUGCUUUCUUGUGGCAUUUCCAGCAAAGUGUUACACAUUCAAAAAAUAGAAAUGCACUUUCAUUUAUAAAUAAUUGUGGGCUUAACUGUAUGUACAUUUCCUGUAUGCUGCAGUAGCGGUAUAAUAAGCACUUCAACUUAAAGACAAUAAAUUGUAAAGUGACAAGAUCUUGGUGCACUUUAUUAGCUAGUGUUUGCUAGUAUUUUUUUUUUAUUUUAUUUUUUUUUACUGAGACUCUUAUUGCCAGCAAUUAAAUAUUGCUGGCAAUGUCUUAAAUAUUACGUGACUUCCUUUGCCAAAUGCUUUGGGGAGAAUGGGAUGUAAUGACGGAAUGUGCCAUGACGAGCUUUAAAGGCAGCCACGAAAUCAUAGCUGAUUGGGUAUUCCAGUGGCCUUUUUACGGAAUGUACCACUUCUUAAAACCAGCUAUCUUUAAAAAAAACAAACAAACAAAAAAAGAUUUACCACACAUUUGAUAUAUUUUGACUGCACUUGAGAUUGUCGUAACAAGCACAUGAAGUGGAGCAAAAACGAAGUGACCACGACUCAUUUUUCCCUUGUUGCCUGGUGUGCAUUGUGAGCGGAAUGCAUGUUUUAUACAGAUGAUAUUGUUUUGUAACGUGAUGAAGAUUGUAGUGACCAUGAGAUGAAUGUUUGCAGAAAUAAAGCACCUUCCUGGAAGAAUGAGACGAGUAUGAGUCAUGACAUGUUUGUGCUAUUGUUUGACGGCUGAACGGCUUCUGGUUCCAGUUGACUCCUAGAAGGCGUGAGAGCAAAUUAAAUAAGCAGUACCAUGCAGUUGCUUUACUGCACAGCACUCUGCAGCGAGAAAUGCGUGAAUGCCUGCAGCUUUACGCCUGUCAUUGGCGAUGACAUCACUGUGUAUAUAUUGUAAC